AAGCAGUGUCAACAUUAAAUCGCUUAAAUAAAAAGGAAAAACUCUCACAAUACUCGAACACUAUCGCCUCGUAUGGCAGUUUUUCUUUGGACAGUGCUUUCACUGUUGUUUUUUUGCUUGAAUUUUGUAAAUAUUCUAAAAUUUCACCAAUUUAUGGAAUGUGCUUGGCUUUUUUUUUUGCUACUUUAUCCAGAGAAUUAUCAAAGUGAAUUGGUGUCUAAAAUUGAAGCAAUGAACUAACGACUUUCUAAUAACAUUUUUAAAAUAUAUUGUGAUUCAGAUGUGUGAUUUGAUUCAAAUUGAUAUACAAUAAAUUGAACCGAAAAAAACGCAAUUUAGUUUUUUCCCUGUCUCUAAAUGUGACGUGCCUUUCUCGAAGUUAAUUGGACCCUUUUUUAUCCUGAACCCAAAAAAAUAUCGAGUAUCACUGUAAUCACCGACAUUUAUAUUUGAUUCGACUUUUUAUCCACUUUUCCAAUUUGCAAUAAGAUAAUUGUGAUAUUCGGCACGCAUAUUCUUCUACAAAAAAAAAGUGGUGAAAAUAUAUAGAAGUGAGUUAGCAAUCGAGAUUGUUCUAGAUUUUGUGAUGAUGCUGUCGACGACAUCGACGUCGAUGGUGUAAAACUGAUUCUUGUCUAUGUCACUCUAUUCUUUGUGAAUGUUUUAUUAGGAGGCCUCAUGUUUUUUGUGUGCAUAUACCCAAACUGAAGAACGACACGAUCAACGCGAAUAAUUCGACUUUGGCAACAUCAUCAUCGGCAAGUGUUUGGCAUGAAUUUGAUUGGUCGCAGAGAAAUCAACACGAUCGCAUUAUAUCUCAAUUAGUAAAGAGAUUUCAAGACAAUAAUAAAAAAAAGAGAGGAAUCAACGGAAGAAGUGAGUGCGAUAAAAUUGCAUCCAAUGUCACACAAUUUAGCAAACAAACAUGAAGCAAAUACAUAUCAAUUGUGGAUAAUCUAAUCACAUUCAUAUCAGUGGAACAAAUUAUAUAAACACAAAUAAAAUAAAUCCCAUCAAUCUUAAAUAGAAACAUUUCGAAGAAAAAACACGGAGCACCACAACAAGUGAUCAAUAAAUUCCUAUUGUAAAACAAAUCAAAUCUCUUUGAUUUGACGAUUUUGUUGUAACAAAAAGUGGAUAAACAAUUUUUAGUGCAAAAAGAUGUCAUUGAAGCGUGAUUAUAAAACGAAAACGGAUGACGAGAAAGAGCUAGAACCAUUAGGCGGUCCAAAUUCACUACAAUCACCCGACAAAGAGUCAAAAACAAAUGGCGUUCAAUUUGGCGGUGAUAGUAGCGGUGGUCGGCAAACACGUAACGGUGUUGCGGUUUGUUCACAGAAACGUGCACUCUGUGUUACCGCAAUCGUUUUAGCUGCUCUUUUGGGAACGGCACUUGUUAUUGCUUAUGCAGGACCACAAAAUGAUUGUUCGUGUGCUGGCAAAAUGCCACCCGGCUAUAUUUUGGAUCACUACAAUAGUUCGUUACCAUUCAACCCGAUAGCAACAAAUGGCGAACCAUUUCCAUGGUUCUUACCAAAUUUGCCGAACAACGUGAGACCAUUACGAUACACGCUAACAAUACAUCCGAAUCUAACAACAUUAGAUGUUAAAGGUCAAGUAACGAUAGAAUUUCAUGUGGAAAGAGAAACAAAUUUCAUCGUCCUGCAUUCACAAGAUUUGAAUAUUACGGAAAAGGCAAUUGUCGGUCCCAAAGGAUUCGCAUUGAAAAUUCAAAAGGUUUUGGAGUUUCCACCGCGUCAACAGCUCUAUAUUGAGCUGAAAGAUCGUUUGCGGAAAAAAACCAAUUUCACAUUAAAUCUACGAUGGUAUUCAAAAUUAAUACCCGAACCAGAAGGAUUUUAUGUUGAUCAAUACGAUGGUGCAAAUGGAAAGAGAUUUUUGGCGGCAACCGUAUUUCGACCAGGUGGCGCACGACAAGCAUUCCCUUGUUUCGAUGAACCACAUCUUCGGGCACCAUUCCGUAUCUCUGUGUUCCGUGAUCGUUUUCAUAUUGCCUUGUCCAAUUCGUUGGUGUCAUCAACCGAGGACGUCGGAUUUUACAUGGGAAUUGGACUGCUGCGAGAUGAUUUCAUUGAAACGCCAGCCUUACAACCGGAUGCUGUUGCAUGGAUUGUAAGUGAUUUUCAACGUGAAUCGCUGGAACCAUCUUCAACAUAUCAAACAACAGUUACAACCCAAUCACCUGAUGUUUUGGCUCGCACCACAAAAUCAUCAUCGGAUAAUUUUACGUACCGUUCAGAUAAACGGCCUAUUAAAAACAUCAUAACAACUUCCUUGACCAAACAAUUGCAAAUUGUUAAAAACAUCACCGCAAAUGCAUUGGCCGAUAAAUCAUUGAAUCGAACUGGUUCGUCCAACGAUACCGAUCUCAUUGAUGAGAAUGAACUUCGAACAGCACCAUCCUAUACAUUCUAUGCACCGCAAAAGAUUUUACAACGUUCGAAAUUUGUGUUGGAUAUGUCACGUGAUGUGCUCGAAUAUCUUCAGGAUUGGUUGAACGUUAAAUAUCCAUUGGCGAAAUUAGAUUUCGUUGCUUUGCCAUCGUUGGACCGUGAGAUGAUCAGUUCUUUGGGAUUGAUAACGUUGCAAACGGCAUUUUUACAAAAUCAAGAUGCAAUUACAACCGAACAGUAUCAUUUGUCGGCCAUCAAAAUAUCCGAAGCAAUUAUAAAACAAUUUCUCGGUGGAAUAACAUCGCCAAAAAUAUGGAAACAUUCAUGGUUAUGGGAAGGAUUGAUCAAAUAUUUAGGCCGUUUAGUUUUAACACCAUUGAAAACCGAAUGGCCAAUGGACGAAAUGCAAUUGAUGCACAUUGCAACGCGUGCCAUGGACAUUGAUGCGAUUCAAGGAUGGGACAGCAUUAUCGCCGGCACCAGUGAGGAUGGUAAAAAUGAUGAAUUUUUCAUUGAUAAAUCGGCAGCCGUUAUGGCAAUGUUGCACGUUUCAAUGGGCGACACCAAUUUCCGAUCAUGUUUGGGAUCAUUUUUACUUCAAUACAAAUUUCAAACGGCCGAACCGAUUGAUCUAUGGAACAUUUGCUCGAAGAAAGUGAACAAUACGAAAAAUAUCAAAGAAAUGAUGAACUUAUGGACAACAUUGGAAAGUUUUCCAUUAUUGACUGUAUCCAAAGUGGGCAACACGGUUACAAUAUCGCAAAAAGAUUUUCAUCCAAUGGAAUUUCAAGCGAUUUUGGACGAUCCAUAUUUGUUGAAUUUUACAUCGACGUCAACAUCGAGCACCACAACAACACCGGCUCCAACAAAAAAGAAAUCAACCACCAAAUGGAUUUUCCCGGUUAAUUACAUAACAAAUGUUGCCAAUGUCACCGAUGCUCUUUGGUUCCAUAAUUCAAAUGUGACAUUCACAAUUCCGAUCGGUGUAAAAUGGAUCAAAGUCAAUUCUGGUCAAACGGGUUACUAUCGUGUUCUUUAUGAUGAGGAUAAUUGGGGUUACAUCGUCGAAGAAUUAAAAGCAAAUCACGAAACAUUUUCACCAUUGGAUCGUAUUGGUUUAAUAUCGGAUGCAUUUACAUUGUGUCAUGCGAAUUUAAUGCCAUGCCAAAUAACAAUGAAUUUAGUGUCAUAUUUGCCGAAAGAGCAAAACUGGGGUCCAAUAACAACCGGGCUACGUCAUUUGGAGAAAUGGCGCAGAAUUCUUAAGUAUUCGGAAUGCUUUUUGAUGUUGACCGAAGUGGUGAAACAAAUUCUAUCGAAACCAGUGGCUGCAAUGGGCUGGAAUAAUAGCGGAAAAGAUGAAGUCAAAUUAUUAAGACCUGAAGUGUUGUUAGCAGCAGUUCUAUGGGAAGAUUCCGAAGCCAUAAAUCAGGCAAAACAAUUGCUACAAAAUUUCCUUACCAUUGGCUCAGUUAUACCGGCCAAUUUGAGAGAAGUUGUGUACACUGGCGCUGUAUUAUCUGGUGAAUACACAUUCUGGCAAUAUUGUUGGGAAAGAUACAUAUCGUUACGUGGCUCUCCAGAAGGAACAACCGAACGUUUGCAAUUGUUGCGAGCAUUAGGAAAAACAAAAGAUGCAUGGUUCCAAAAUCGAUUGUUAUCGCAUGUGAUAACGUUGCCGCCAACCGAAGUUGUUCAAGUAUUGCAAGCGAUUGCCGGCACACCGACCGGCGGUGCGAUGGCUUGUCGGUUCCUUCAAGCCAAAUGGUAUGAUUUGGAGUCAAAAAUGGGAGCCGGAAGUGUUAAUUUUGCCAAAGUGAUAUCAGCAAUCACACAAUAUGGUGCGACGAAAUUCGAUUAUGAUGAAUUGAAAUCGUUGGUGCAUCGAUUCGGUGAUGGACCGGGCAUGCGAACAUUGAACAUGACAUUGAAAAGUGUUGCUGCUAAUGUGGAAUGGGUGUCACGUUCUCAGAAUGCUAUAUUCAAUUGGGUGGAAAGUCAUGAAAAUGUAGCUCGACGAAGAUAAUCAGGUUGAAGGGCAGCUAUAUAAACAUUGCAUGCAAACAUCAACACACCCGACCGAAAUGAUUCAACAAUUGUCACUGCAAACAAUUUGUGGCAGGAAUAGCAAACAACAUCAAUAAACCAAAAACAACAACCGGAUACAAAAUCAGAAUUAUAUUAUUUAACACACACAAAACUAAUGAAUCCAGUGAAUGAAAAGAGAGAGAGAGAAUAAAAUAGCUUAGUGUUAGAAAAAGAAGUGGAAACUUUAUCAACAGAAAAACUUCUCCAUUUUACAUACGUAUUAAAGAAAAAAUGAACACUCUGCAUUAAAACUGUCAUUUACACAUUAACAACAUGAUCAAAAACACACACACACUCACACAUACAUAUGCAAACAAAAAUACAUUCAAAAUCAUACGUACCGAUUCUAUUUUUAUGUACACAAUUCAAUUUAUGAUAUAUUAUGUAAUUGCAUCUCUUAUUUGACAGAAGCAAUCGCUCAUCGAGCACACGCUGUCGAUAGCAUUUUGCAGAGCAAACAAAAUAACAUCCUCUCGUCACCACCAUCAAACACACGCCCCCAUUCAAAACAUAUAUAUGUAUUUUAUAUUUGAUGUAGAAACCAACAAACUAAGCUAGUAGAAUCACUUGUAAAAACGGCUCAAUUUAAGAGAUCCGAUGUCGUUCGGUAGAAAUUGAAUUGUGGAAAAUUGAAUGUCGCAACAUAAAAUGAAGCACAGACAAUUUCACUUCCAUUGGAGUCAACUCUUUGGCGACACCAAGAAAAAUAAUAAUAUAGAAAAUAGAACCGGCUCGAUUCGUUUGCAACGAAAUAGAAAAAAGAAAAAAAUGUGUGACGACGACACGUGAUCUAUUUGAAUUGGCUCGGUGACCAACCAACCACAAUUCCCCCCCGUUCAUUGCAUCUUGGGGUGGCAACACUAAAUCAUUUAUUUUACGUUGUUUAUUAUGUUUAUUAGCACGUUCAGUCAUUGACGUAAAUACGAUUUGUGUAUAAACAAAAAUGUAUUCUUAGAAUUUAUAUGUAUGAUAUAGGAACAUAUUCAUAUGGAUUUAAAAAAACAAAAGAAAAACAGAGACAAAAACCAUGAAAUGAAACAAAUUAUAUGUAAUAAGAAACAAGCGAAAUGAACAGAGAUGAAAAUACCUAUUUUUAUAUGAAACUACUAAAAAACUUAAAUUGAAUGAAGAAAAUUACCAAAAAAAAAAAA